CUGCUAUGAAUUUGUCCCGCAGAACUGCACCUUACCUAAACCAAAUUAUCAGUAACUUUUUGAAAAAACACGACAAAUUUAGUGAAAAUCCCUCUUGGGAGAUCCGAGAGUCUAACGUAGGAGGCUUUGGUGUCUUCACGACGCGAGAUGUUGCCAUUGGAGAGGUGAUUUUCAUUGAUGUUCCCGUGAUUUUGGGGCCCAGGUGUAUACCAAACUGUCCCAUUCUUUGCGUCAGUUGUUUUAGAAAAACUGACUUAUUAAAACCCUGUAUCUCAGGAUGUGGUCUUCCGGUUUGUUCAAAUGAAUGCCAGAACAGUUCAUUUCAUCAACAGGAAUGUCGUUUAGUACGUCAACUUAGACAUGGAGAAUCGAAAGAUAUUUGUAAUAAGCUUUUUGAAAAUUUAACGCCGCUGAAAAGUUUGUUUUUGGAUCAAAAUGACAAAGAUGUGGUGUUGAGUUUAAUUGCUCAUAAUAGAGAUAGACAUGGGCAUGAAGUUGAUACGUUAAAAAAUGGGUUUGGGUUUGAAUUUAGUGAAGAUGAUGAGAAGUUUAUGAAGUUCGUGUGUUGUGUCAUGGAUGCGAACGCUUUUGAAGUGAGUUUGAGUGGUGAAAAAGGGGACAGUAGUUUAAGAGGAUUAUAUCCCUUGGGAAGUCUUGCCAAUCACUCAUGCACACCAAAUUUAACUCACGUAUUCAACGAACAUCAAGAAAUGGUAGCCAAGGCUGCUGUUUUUAUUCCCAAAAACACAGAGCUGGUCCAUUCCUACACCAGAAUAAUCUGGGAUACUACCACAAGAUUAUACCAUUUACAUUGUACCAAGCAUUUCAUUUGCAAAUGCCUGAGAUGCCAAGAUCGUACGGAAUUUGGAACUUAUAUGGGUUCAGUAUUAUGUAAAAAAUGUAGAGGUAUAGUUAGUCCUGUGAACCCUUAUAAAUCUUACGGGAAAUGGCAAUGUCAGGACUGUAAAACAUAUAUCUUAGGAAAGGAUGUGAAAACUUUGACAACUUUAUUAGGUUCUAUUCUACGUGAUCUUGACUCCAAAGGCUUUGAAUUUAUUUACAAUUUUCUCAAAGGAAAACUAAAAACGGUAGUUCCAGAUCACAAUCAAAUCGCAAUUGCUGUGAAAUAUAAACUAAUCUGGCUCUUAGGUCACAUGGACGGAUACAAAUACAAAGACCUUACUUUAGAACUGCUGGAUAUUAAGGAAGAGUUGUGUAAAGAUAUUUUAUUUGUUUUAAACAAAUUACAGUGUGGUCAGUGUAAAUUGAGAGGGUUGUUAUUGUACGAGUUGUAUUGUUGUCAAAGAGAGAAAAUCCAGAGAUUGAAAUCAAACAAACAAAUAGAUUUAUAUACGAACGAAAUACAAAAUAAUCUUGAUGAAAUUCUCUUAAUAAUGAGAUAUGAUGUAGCUGCUCCAGAUGAAAUUAAGAAGUUCCUUGAUUGUGAUUUAAAAGAGUGAAAUCAUAAACACCAUACGAUCGAAAAAAAACAGCGUCAUAGACUGCUGGGGAAUGAAAAUCGAUGGUAAUUUUAGCUAGGUCAAGCCCUAGACGUCAUUUAAUUAGCCCGUACUCUUCAUUAUUUUUUAAUGGCGCCUACUUUUGUACCAGUUGGCCUUAAAAAGGUUGUAAAUUAUUUUUAUAUAGAGUUAAAAUU